AUGAAGUUCAUAUAUUUUGAACUGCGGUNUGGUAACAACGAAGAACUUCAAGAAGUUAAGGUCGAAGACUUGGAAAGCGCAGAGCGCGCAAUAAUUCGUGCAGUACAGUUAAAGGCCUUUAAAGAAGAAAUAGCAACUUUGAGGAACAUGAAGCAAGAAAACACAGACAAAGAAAGUAGAGUCCUCACACGGCAAAGAAAAACUAGCAUGAAAACAGGUAGUUCGCUUUACAAGCUUGAUCCAUUUCUAGAUGUUAACGGAAUUUUGCGAGUUGGUGGACGUCUCAGACGGGCAACCCUAGUUGAUGACAUCAAGUUCCCCAUCAUACUUCCGCGAGACAGUCAUGUUACCCACCUGGUCGCUAAACAUUAUCACCAACGCAUACAUCACCAAGGCAAGGGAAUGACCUUAAAUGAAAUACGCUCGAAUGGUUUUUGGAUACUCGGAGGUUCAUCGAUAGUCACCAACUUGAUUUCGUCUUGCGUCAAGUGCCAGAAACUCCGCAGUUCAGUUCAAGAGCAAAGAAUGUCAGAUCUACCUGAGGACCGCCUUGAAUCCACACCACCUUUCACUUAUUGCGCCGUGGAUUACUUUGGGCCCUUCAUUGUUAAAAAUGGUCGUACAGAGCUGAAACGCUAUGGUGUCCUCUUUACCUGCUUGGCGUCGAGAGCCAUUCACCUUGAGAUCGCUAUCUCGCUCGAGACGGAUUCCUUCAUCAAUGCCUUGAGGAGAUUCAUUAGUCGUCGUGGUCCCAUCCGCCAGCUAAGGAGUGACCAGGGUACAAACUUCGUUGGAGCUCGUAAGGAAGUUACCCAAGCGCUAGCUGAGAUGGACCAAGAGAAGUUAAAAACGACUCAACUAGAAGAACAGUGCGAUUGGUUUUCCUUCAAGAUGAACGUCCCGGCAGCGAGCCACAUGGGAGGAGCUUGGGAGCGCCAAAUCAUAUCCGUGCGUAACGUUCUCUCGUCACUAUUGCAUGAUAACGGCAAACAGCUGCACGAUGAGUCUCUUAGAACCUUGAUGUGUGAAGCCGAAGCAAUAGUCAAUAGUCGCCCCUUGACAGUGAACCAACUUGCUGAUCCAGAUUCGCCAAGUCCUUUAACCCCUAACCAUCUCCUGACGAUGAAGUCAAAGGUUGUUUUUGCUCCGCCAGGCGCGUUCCAGCCAUCAGAUGUUUAUUGCAGGAAGCGCUGGAGGCGAGUCCAACACCUGGUGAACGAGUUCUGGGACUCCAGUAUCGGCAGAAGUGGGCACGCAAUCGGAGAAAUUUACAAGUUGAUGACGUCGUCAUGA